AUGUCGACGACGGGCCAAGGUGCUCCGGCGGCCACGACGCCGGGGGUAGCUGCCGGUCAACCAGCACCGGGGCCUCCUCUCUCGAACCAGAAUCUGAAUCAGAUUGUUACGGAAUUCUUGCUGAAGAGGGGAUACACCCGUACUGAGCUCGUGUUUAGAGAUGAAUCCAAGCACAUCAAUGAGGAGGGUAGGCCCAUCCUCGAUGACGCAGACAUCUACGGGCCGCGGAAGUACAUCAAGGCGUUCAAACUUCUAAAAGAUUGGGUUGAGAACAGCCUCCAGAUAUACAAGUUUGAAUUGGCCAAAAUCCUUUGGCCUUUCUUCGUCUACUCGUGGAUUGAGUUGAUUGAGGUUGGCCAGCGAGACGUUGCUAAGCAGUUGCUCGAGGACGUUACCCCAAGCUUUGAGAAGCACCACAUUGACGACAUCAGAACAUUUACCACAAUCUCGAUGCCUCAACAUCUCAAGGAAAACCGCAUCACUAGCGACCUUUUCCACUUCCUCGAGCGCGAGGACUCCAGCGGCGGUGCCUGUAUCCGCUAUAUUCUGCAGACGCACUGCCAAAUCGACUCGGCGGCUCGUGGCCCCAUUACCCCCUUUAGUUUCGAGGCUAUCUCGCGGCGAACGCAGGGUCGUGAUUUGGAAGACGUUGAUGCCCAGGAGGGUAUCCCCGGUGUUAACAUUGGCGUGUCGAAUAAGGAUAUCCUUGAUACCGUGGGAACCCUGACCCUCGGCCCCCUUCCCAUGGAAGAAGGCCUGCGCGAGGACAUCAAGCGCGAGGAGACGGACGACGCUCCCAACCGUGCAGAUCUCCCUCUGCCACCCUCGCGCGCCCGCGACGUUAUAAUGGAGAUGCAGAAAGUGAGGGAGAACCGUGACCGCUUCAAGAUUGAAGGGCGUACGGGCGGUAUUGGGGUUGGCGUGAGUUGCUGCAUGUUUACCUGGCACAACACCCUCGGAAGCGUCUCUUGCAUGGACUUUUCAAAGGACCAAAAACUUGCCGCUGUAGGAACCAUGGACUCGUACAUCCGUGUCUGGACUCUCGACGGCAAGCCUCUUACGUCCAAGCAUGCCUCGGAGAAGGAUCUCAAAGUCAACAACCGUAAGCUGAUUGGUCAUUCUGGGCCAGUCUACUCCGUCUCAUUCUCGGAUGCCAUUGACAACAAGACAAACACCCUCUUCGGCCAGACUGGGAAGGAGCUCCCCGAGACGGGCCCCAAGUUCCUUUUGUCAGGGAGCGGAGAUGGCCACGUCCGCCUGUGGUCGCUGGAGCUGUGGCAGUGCCUGUGCAUCUACAAAGGUCACAGCGGUCCCGUUUUCCGGGUGUUGUGGGGACCCCAUGGGCAUUACUUCCUGAGCGGCGGGUGGGACAAGACGGCUAGAGUGUGGAUGCAGGACCACGCGUCAGCACAGCGGAUGUUGGUGGGUCAUGACACGAGUAUCUCGGCCAUAGCCUGGCACCCCAACGGUACCUAUGUGUUUUCUGCGUCGGACGAGACGGAUAAGUCGAUUCGCAUGUGGUCCGUCAUCACCGGACAGUGCGUUCGCGUGUUCACCGGACACACAGAUUACAUCUCCGCUCUCGAGUGCGCGCCCAAUGGCAAAAUUCUCGCCAGCGCGGACAAUGCGGGCAACAUCUUCUUCUGGGACCUCGCCAAGGGAACGCGCAUCAAGAGGUCGCGGGGCCACGGAAAGGGUGGCAUCUGGUCGCUUAGCUUUAGCGCCGAAUCCACCGUCCUAGCCUCUGGGGGCCAGGAUAACACGGUCCGGGUCUGGGACGUGGAAUUGCCUGCCGAGGGCCACAAGGCGGCCGCGCAACCCCUGGCUCCUCAGGCUGGCGCGGUAACAGGACCCUCAGGAGGUGGUAAGAAAAAGGGUAAAGAGGUUAUGAUUACGCCGGACCAGAUCAGUGCGUUCGCGACUAAGAAGACGCCAGCCCUGAAGGUGCACAUGACACGUAUGAACUUGGUUGUCGCCGGCGGCUGCUUUGAGCCCGAUCGCUAG